AUGGGUCUGCUUAAAGAAGCAUCAGGCCUGAAGGAGGGAAUACCGGCAAUUCGAUUGGACGUGAACAACGGCGAGCUUGACGCUUUCAUGGAGGACGAGAGCGAAACGGAUGAUUCCUUCUCAUCGGCCGGCGGUAUUUCGCUCUCGUCGUGCCUCGAGGAUUCGUUAUCGUCCAGCCGGACCGAGGGUUCGCAGUCCGGAAAGGAUAUGCUGGAAGUGCUGCUGUGCGAGAAGGGAGCGAUGAAGAAGAAGCUUGGUAACUUUAUUCUUGACCCGCUUCGUCUGUCCAUGGGACCGGUGAUUGCUGUCGGAGCGUCAGGCGAAGUCAGGAAGGGGACGUACGACGGAGAAACGGUCGCUGUUAAAGUGCUGAAAGGGGAGGGUAAAGACCCGUACGCGAAUGUCGCGGAGUUUCGCCGGGAGGUGGUAACCCUAAUGUCUUGCGGCCAGUGUCCGCAGCUUUUGAAGUUCCUCGGUGUCUGCAUCGACUUUCGGCAACGGAUCUGCAUUGUUACAAAGUUCAUGGAGGGGGGGACUCUGAACGACCUGCUCAGGCGACGCCAGGGCAAAAGUUUGUCACUCAACGAUGCAGUGAACGUCGCGCGCGACGUCGCACAAGCCAUGGCGUUUCUUCACACGAACGGAAUGAUUCACCGCGAUCUGAAAUCGGCGAAUAUUCUCUUAGAUAAGGAGGGUCACGCAGUGGUGGGAGAUUUCGGCGUGGCUAGACUAAAAGGAGAGCGAGGGGAGAUGACCAAGGAAGUCGGAACUUACAGAUGGAUGGCGCCUGAAGCCUUUGGCACGAGUCCAUGGCCGGUCACCCACAAAGCCGACGUCUACAGUUUCGGAAUCGUUCUGUGGGAAGUUUUAACAGGGGGAGUGCCGUUUGCUGAUUAUUCCCCGCUACAAGCUGCUGUGGCUGUUGCUCUUAACGGAGCGCGUCCGACUAUUCCGGAAUCGCUACCGGAAUCGCUUCGCUCGCUGAUUCAAAGGUGUUACAGCAGCUCAGCUAUGCAGGGCAUGCGUCCAAUGCGGUUACCAUGCCCGCAUGGGCCUGGGGGCGGCCCGAGGGAGAUGGGGAGCCAAUCAGAGCUGGGGGCGGGAGGAGGAGAGGAGGAGUAUGGGGGGAGAGAGCAGGGAGGGGGAGAGGAGGAGUAUGGGGGGAAAGAGCAGGGAGGAGGAGAGGAGGAGUAUGGGGGGAAAGAGCAGGGAGGGGGAGAGGAGGAGUAUGGGGGGAAAGAGCAGGGAGGAGGAGAGGAGGAGUAUGGGGGGAAAGAGCAGGGAGGGGGAGAGGAGGAGUAUGGGGGGAAAGAGCAGGGAGGGGGAGAGGAGGAGUAUGGGGGGAAAGAGCAGGGAGGGGGAGAGGAGGAGUAUGGGGGGAAAGAGCAGGGAGGGGGAGAGGAGGAGUAUGGGGGGAAAGAGCAGGGAGGGGGAGAGGAGGAGUAUGGGGGGAAAGAGCAGGGAGGGGGAGAGGAGGAGUAUGGGGGGAAAGAGCAGGGAGGGGGAGAGGAGGAGUAUGGGGGGAAAGAGCAGGGAGGGGGAGAGGAGGAGUAUGGGGGGAAAGAGCAGGGAGGAGGAGAGGAGGAGUAUGGGGGGAAAGAGCAGGGAGGAGGAGAGGAGGAGUAUGGGGGGAAAGAGCAGGGAGGAGGAGAGGAGGAGUAUGGGGGGAAAGAGCAGGGAGGAGGAGAGGAGGAGUAUGGGGGGAAAGAGCAGGGAGGGGGAGAGGAGGAGUAUGGGGGGAAAGAGCAGGGAGGGGGAGAGGAGUAUGGGGGGAAAGAGCAGGGAGGGGGAGAGGAGGAGUAUGGGGGGAAAGAGCAGGGAGGGGGAGAGGAGGAGUAUGGGGGGAAAGAGCAGGGAGGGGGAGAGGAGGAGUAUGGGGGGAAAGAGCAGGGAGGAGGAGAGGAGGAGUAUGGGGAGAAAGAGCAGGGAGGAGGAGAGGAGGAGUAUGGGGGGAAAGAGCAGGGAGGGGGAGAGGAGGAGUAUGGGGGGAAAGAGCAGGGAGGGGGAGAGGAGGAGUAA